CUGUAGUCUGACGUGGAUGACUGAACUAACUCGAAAGCGUGUCACUCUGCUCUCAUUGCUCUUUUCUUUUCUCUUUCUCCAGACAAGGAAUCAAUUACCCUGUUCACGUUUUCUCACAAACGCAAAAAGCCUACAAACCAAGCAAAUCAUCAUCUUUCUUCUUCCCUCAAUCAUGCCCCUGUCAUAGCUUAACACAACACAACUCGACUCUCAUCAUCAUCAUUCUACACCACCUAGCUUCCAUGGCAGCUUUUCAACCUUCCACCACUUCCCACACCUAAAACAAAACCCAAACACCUACCCCUCUUCCUAUACCCCACCACACUUUACUCCCUGUUCCUCACUCUCCCAUCUCAUCAUUCCCUUUCGCCCGUGUUGUUCCAAUUUAAUUGCGCACCCAACAUGUACGCCCUCGACAUUUCACACACACAACACACCUUCGCCUUCCAAAACAACGCUAAAACCCCCUCCUUCUCCUCCUCUCUCCUCGACACCAUCUACCGCUCCAUCGACGAAGGAGAGAGCACCGCCAACGACAUGAAACUCCACACCCAGACAAUCAUCAGGAAACAGAGCAGAAUCCUCGUCCAACAAGAUUUAACGGCGCCCACCAUUCCCCGUUCUUGUUUAGUGCAAAAAGGGAAGGGAAGCGAGAAACCUGUGAAAGCACAGAUGGAGAGAAAACCAAAAUCGCGUUUGCAUGGUCACGAUCACGACCGGGAGGUGAUGUUCUUCAGUUCGACUUCGAGUUGCUCGGAUUCCAGCUCUGGAUUACUGUCUUCCUCCGACACUGAAUCCCUAUACGAAUCGAGGUCGCGAGUUUCGUGUUUUGCUCCUUCGAGACCCAAGCCAUUGAUGACGUCGGCGAGCAAUGGAGAGCGUCUUAUAAAGCCAAAAUCAAGGGCGUUGAAGAUGUACAACAAUCUGAAGAAAGUGAAGCAACCCAUCUCUCCGGGGGGGAAGCUGAGUACUUUUCUCAGCUCUCUGUUGGGGAACGGGAAGAAAGCCAAACAUUCAAACAUUCAGAGUAGCUGUGUGAUUUAUAAAGUGAGUAGGGUUCUAAAAGGAGAGAGAGGUGGGGAUGUGUAA